AUGGCGUUUCGUCCGCAGAGCUUUCUAGGGUUUGUCUCUCUCGCCAGCAAAAUUACCAGGUACCGCUUGCCCUACCUUCCGCGGUCAUCGAUUUCAUUUUCGACCCUAGAUUCUCCUCAAUUUACCCCUUCUCACGAUAAUUUCAAGCUUCAAUCUAAUCUCGACGAGGAUUACGUUCUUAAUGAGCUCUCUAAUUUGUUACCAAUCCCUUCCAAUCGGCCCAUUUCUCACCCGUACAUCAACGAUUGUUCGAAUAAUAAGCAAGUCGAAACCAGACCCGUUUUUGAUCGAUUUUUAUCCCCUGAAGAGAAAUUGAGAGGAGUUUUUGUUCAAAAACUCAAGGGUACAUCUGUAAUUGAACGUGCUUUGACAGAAUGUGGAGUGGAUUUGAGUCUUGAUGUUGUUGCCAAAGUGCUUAACAGAGGGAAUUUAGGCGGCGAAGCUAUGAUUAUCUUUUUCAAUUGGGCAAUUAAGCAGCCUAUGAUAAGUAAGGAUGUUGAAAGUUACAAUGUACUUAUUAGAGGACUAGGUAGAAGAAAGUUUAUUGAUUAUAUGGUGAAAUUUUUGCGUGAGUUGAGGGAAGGAGGUGUGAACAUGAAUUUGGAGACGUUGUGGAUUGUUAUGGAUGGUUUAGUUAGGGCUCGUCGAAUUUAUAAAGCCAUUGAAAUGUUUGAGAGCUUAGAAGAAGAAUUUGGGUUUGAUCGUGAUGCGGAGUCCUUGAAUGUGCUUUUGCAAUGUUUAUGUAGAAGGUCUCAUGUAGGUGCUGCGAAUUCAUACUUCAAUUCGAUGAAGGGGAAGAUACCGUAUAAUGGCAUGACAUAUAAUGUGAUUGUUGGUGGGUGGUCGAAGCUCGGUAGAGUGAGUGAAAUGCGGAAGGUUUUGGAGGAAAUGGAAGAAGAUGGUUUUAAUCCUGAUUGUUUGAGUCUUAGCUACCUCCUUGAGGGUUUAGGAAGAGCUGGCAGGAUUGAAGAUGCUGUUGAGGUAUUUGGUAGCAUGGAGGAGAAAGGUUGUGUACCGGAUACUAAUGUUCACAAUGCCAUGAUUUCUAAUUUCAUUUCAGUUGGGAAUUUUGAUGAGUGUAUGAAGUGUUACAGGUGUUUGCUGAGUAAGAAUUGCGAUCCCAACAUUGAUACUUACACAAGAAUGAUCUCUGGUUUGAUCAAAGCUCGAAAAGUGGCUGAUGCUCUUGAAAUGUUUGAUGAGAUGUUGGGUCGAGGGAUUGUUCCUUCAACAGGGACUAUAACUUCUUUUAUUGAACCUUUAUGUAGGUUUGGUCCACCCCAUGCUGCAAUGAUGAUAUACACGAAGGCAAGAAAAGUUGGGUGUAAAGUAUCACUGAGUGCUUAUAAGCUAUUGCUGAUGCGGCUUUCUAGAUUUGGUAAAUGUGGAACGUUGUUAAAAAUAUGGGAUGAGAUGCAAGAAAGUGGUUAUUCUUCCGACAUGGAAGUUUAUGAAUAUGUCAUUAGCGGACUUUGCAACAUAGGACAGCUUGAAAAUGCUGUCCUUGUCAUGGAGGAAUCUCUGCGUAAGGACUUUUGCCCAAGCAGGCUCAUCUGUAGCAAACUGAAUAACAAACUGCUUGCUUCAAAUAAAGUUGAGAGAGCUUACAGGCUAUUUUUGAAGAUUAAGCAUGCUCGUCGCAGUGAUAAUGCAAGGAGAUUUUGGCGUGCUAAUGGCUGGCACUUUUGA